CUUGCGUUUGGUUACCUUUCAACUUCCGGAUUUGAGAAAAAUAAGAAGAUGCCGGGUUGAAAUUGUAAAGAAAGUGAAUUAACUUUGUAUUAAGACUUAAUUGGCGAUAACAGAUAUGUGUUUCUAACUGGUAAUUGAAUGAUCCAUACCACAAUCAUCUUAGGUAUAUAUUGAUCUGAAAAAAUGUCUCAAAUUCAAGAGGGAGGUGAUGGCAAUAAAAAGCCAGUGAAAAAGACGCCAAAUGACUUUAUGUUUGGAAAGGUCAUUGGUGAAGGUUCCUAUUCUACAGUAUAUUUAGCAAAGGAAGUAGAGACUGGAACAGAAUUUGCAAUUAAAGUUUUAGAAAAGAGACAUAUAAUGAGGGAAAAGAAAUCACAAUAUGUGAUGAGAGAAAAAGAAGUUUUAAUGAAGAUGAAUCAUCCAUUUAUAAUUAGAUUAUAUUUUACAUUUCAAGAUACAGAUAGAUUAUAUUUUGUGUUAAACUAUGCAGAACGAGGGGAGCUUUUGGAUUAUCUACAUAAGUUGUCAUCCUUUGACGUACCUUGUUCUCAGUGGUAUGCAGCCGAAAUUGUACAUGCUUUAGAAUAUAUGCACAGUUUGAAUUUUAUUCAUAGAGAUUUAAAGCCUGAAAAUAUUUUAUUAAACACAGAUAUGCACAUACUGAUAACAGAUUUUGGCAGUGCAAAGAUCUUAAAAAGAGAAGAAGAAGAGAUAAAACCAGAGGAAGAACACCAUACACAAAGGAGAAAGAAUUCUUUUGUAGGAACUGCCCAGUAUGUGUCUCCAGAAGUUCUCACCAGUAAACAAGUCUGUAGUAGCUCUGACUUGUGGGCUUUAGGUUGUAUUAUUUAUCAGUUAUUGUCUGGCCUACCACCAUUCAGAGGAGGUCAUGAAUUUCAAAUAUUCCAAAAAAUCCAGAAAUUAGAAUAUGAAUUUCCAGAUGGCUUUGAUCCACUUGCCAGAGAUUUGGUAGAAAAAUUGCUGGUUAUUGAACCUACACAACGACUUGGUUGUGAAGAACUAGGUGGAAUGGAACAGCUAAAAUCUCAUCCCUUCUUUGAAGGAAUAGAUUGGGAACAUUUAUCUGAACAAAAACCACCAGAACUACUUCCAUAUUUACCAGCAACAAAAGACAAUCCAGAUGAACUGUGGAGUCGGCCUGGCUUUGAUGAUAAAAGAAUUGUAGAACUUAUAACCAAUAAUGUUAGUGAUAAUUUGAGUAUAACUGAAGAUGAAAGAAACAAAAGAUUAGAGGAACAAAAGAAAAAUAAUGAAUAUCACAAAUUUGUGGAAGACAACCUUAUUCUGAAACAGGGUCUAGUGGAUAAAAGAAAGGGUUUAUUUGCAAGAAGACGUAUGCUUUUAUUAACAGAGGGACCACAUUUAUAUUAUGUUGAUCCGGCCAACAAAGUUUUAAAGGGACAAAUUCCAUGGUCAGAAGAUCUGCGACCAGAGGCAAAGAAUUUUAAAACUUUUUUCAUUCACACACCUAACAGAACAUACUAUUUAGAAGAUAAAAAAUUAGGAUCUCAAGACUGGGUGCAAAAAGUUGAUGAAGUGUGGAAAACUUAUUAUGGUGAUAAAAAAACAAAGGAUGGAUCUAAAAAUGGAUGACAAUAGCUGUGAAUUAUGAAAUAUUCAUUGUUAUUCCAUGUAAUAAAUUCAGACCACUGGACAGAACAAAACAUUUAGCAUUCUGGAUUAGUAACAGCAGCUUGAUUAGAAAUUUUUAUUGGAAGUUUAUACAUAAUUUCAAUUUUUUAAAUAUGCUAGUCUUUAGAGCUGACAUUCAAAUAUGUUUGUAGAAAAAUCAUGUCUUUAUUAUAUUUGACCAUGGUGAGCACUAGAAGUUUGAAAGCUGCAUGGAAAGAAAUAUUUUUAUUAAUUUGUUUUUGUUUUUUUGUUGUUUUUUUUUAAAUUCAUCUGUCAGUAACCAAUAACUUCACAAAAAUCUUUAAUAAUGCAAUAAAUUUAUUCAAUCCAUAACCAUGCAUGUCUAGCAUUUAGAUAUUGAAAUUGUAAAACAUAAUGGGGGGAUUACAAAAAUCUCAAGGCUUUAAAUAAAAAUAUUUGAAGCCGUCUAAAUAAUUUAACUAGACACAUAAGCUUCAUUUCAAUUUAAAAUGUUACAUAACUAUCUGUUAAUAGUUGUAUGGGUAUAAAUGAUUGAAUAUUGAGUUUUAAUUGAUAGUGUACUGGGUAUGAAUGAUUGUCUACUGUCUUAAUUGAUAGUUUAUGGGUGUGAGCAAUUGUUCUCUCAGUCUUUAUUGGUAGUGUAAUGGGUACAUGUGGUUAAUCAUUGAUUCAUAAUUGAAAUUGUUAUGGUAUAUAAUUAAUCCUCCACUCUUCUGCUACUAAUAUUAGUUAAAACCAUAAUAAAUAAAUAUGAGAUAACUAAAUUAAUUCCUGGCUAUUUGUUAAUGGAAUGAAACAGAAUACACAAUUGCAAUGGGUUUUUUUAAUGUUGGGAUAUAUGUUGUUCAGUUAAUGAAUGUAUUUAUUUGACAAGUUUGUAUAUUCGAAUUUUAAGAGAGAGAAGUAUGUUAAGUAAACCAUUAAUGCUUUGUAUAGAUAAUUUAUUAGUGUAACUGUGUUAUGAGGAACACAGAAACGUCAUGUUUUACUUAGAGCUGUUCCAGAAUUGAUUUGUAUGGGGAGAGGGUAGGGUCAAAAGGCACUUCUGUUUAAAUUUGAUGAGUCCUGGUUAUUUUAGAAAGAUAGCCUGAACAAUGAUAUGCAUAUUUAUUUAAACUUAAUGCAUAAAACGGUAAAACAAUAAGUGCCCUCCAACCCCAAUAAAUUUAUUAUUGGAACAGCCUUUAUAAAUGUGAAUUCAUUCAUGUGACAUUUUUAUUACAUCAUACUAGAUAUUUAAACAAAAUACUUAUCUUGUUCAAACUUGCUUUUUUUUUUUUAAAUAUCUUGUAUUUAUAAUAUGACACAAAAAUUGUAAUAUAAACAUGGAUAGUUAUGAAUGUAGAGUACAUAAAAUGAUCAUUUAUAGAUUAUAUGGCUUAAAAAAUGCAUGGAAUGAUGUUAUUCAUAGCUGUGAAUUAUUAUAUGUACAUAGAGUAAUCAUAUAUUGAAGCUUUGAUUCAGCAUUGUUAUACAUACGUAUGUAUAUAAAGUUAUCAUUUCAUGAUAGCAAUGACUCAGCGCAUGAAUUGUAAUACACAUGUAGAAAUGUGUGUACAUAGAUUUAUCUUUAAUAAUUAAAAGCUCCGACUCAAUACAUUUACUGUAAUACAGAUAUAUGUUCAUUGGUUAUCAUUGUUGAUAACUAUAACUAAGCACAUGAAUUGUAAUAUGUACAUAAAAAGUAACCAUGGUGCAGCAAUAUUCUGUGAUAAUAAAUAAAGACUAUUUCCAUUUCA